GCCUUUAAAGUUGCAUAAAAUUUGCUUUUUUCCCAACAACCUGCUAAUCUCUCCCAUGAGAGGGCGUCAUUGUCUAUCACACGUCAAAAAACCCCAGUUUUCAUUAAAAACCUGCGGAGCCAAACGUUGACAGGGGAAGGACAAGAAUCAACGCCAGGGAAUAAUAGUAAACAAAUUUUACUUUCAUAUCCGCACGACAGCAUGGAAAAUGGGUUCUACGCUUUUUGGCCAAAAGGCAUAUGAUUCUUGGUACGAUUUUGGCGAAACAUCAUUCUCUGCUUAAUCAAUCGAAGCAAUACUGAAAUCAGUUGCUCAAAUGGCGGCAAAGCCUCAAACGCCCACGAUAAAAAUCGAUUUCUGGGAGCCAGACGCCGCAAGCACUAACAGCGGAGCAGUCAAAAAGAUCUCGGUGGAAAAACCUUCUGUGAACAAACUGAAACUCAAGUACAAAACCGAGCGACUUAGAAGCUACAGCAAUAGUCUCAGGGAUGCUGUUAUGACUAACAAUCCCGAGGCGAUUUCUAGAAUUGUCAAAGAGGAAGGAGUCAAAGUCAAUGAAAUGAGCAAGAACGGCGUUCCAUUGAUUCACGAGGCAGCAUUUGAUGGAAAACUGGAAUGUGUGAAAGCGUUGCUGGAUUGUGGAGCGCAAGUAAACACGCAGGAUAGCGAGGACUGGACUGCACUGCAUGCAGCCGUCUUGGGCGGCCAUGUGGAACUUGUGCGUUUGUUGAUCCACAAAGGCGCCGAUGUGUACGCUGAAACAAUCGAGAGGUACAUUCCCUUUCACAUCGCGAUAGAGAAAGGUGACGAAGACAUGAUCGCCAUAUUGGUGGAGGAGAUGGCUAAGCUGUCGUCGUUUAAGGGAAGCUAAGUAACUAAGAGCAAUAAAGGAAAUCACUCUAUUUGCGAGAUUGUAUCAAGCAAUGAAAAACCUCUCUUUUUAGAUUCAUGUAAUAUCUAGUGACUUAAUUUUUGUUGAGCUGUGUUGUAGAGUUUAAAUACGCGUUAGAAUUUAACUUCGACUAAUCUUAUCUACCUCGCUUCCGCUAUUCUCACUUUCCAAGCAUUUCUAAGCUUUAAAUGGAGGUGUAAGGCACACGAUACUACUGAAGGCUGAAUGGGGUAUCAUGUUGCGCUUCAAGUAUGUACAGCGUUAUGUUUCAGUUGUAAACGCGAGCCAUGAAAAUCAGUAAUUUUCAGAAUUGGUUACGCACCUCAUUCAGGCCUACAUGAUAAAAAAAGCGCUGACGAAGGGCUAACGCUCGAAACGUCUGCUUCGAAAUUCUUUACGGUGGCCAAUUUACGUUAUCUAGUCAGUUGGUAAUACUAAAUUACCCUGUUAUACUCUCCCACCAAGGCAGCGCCACAGUUUCUUUAGAAAUUUACCCCAUUUAUUUGAGUGUCAUUUAAAGGUCUUUUAAACGGAAAUAACAGAAUCUUCAAAGCCUGAUUUCCACUGAUUUCGUUAUCUGGAGCGGCCCAACAGUCUCGAAAAAAUUCAAAGAGGUCGACGUCGAGUCUGUGGAUGAGUAGGACUGCUAUGAGAGAUAACCAAGCGAGACGCGGUUGCAGAAGUGAAAUACAUGGCUCAUUGUGUAGUUACGUUGUUCCAAUUUUUAAAAAGCUUAAUCCUUCCCUUACCCGGACAACUGAAGCAACCACUAUCGUCUGUAUAAAAUUAAUUUUUACCAGAAGCCCAUUACUAUAAAUGGGUUCCUGCUUUUACUUAAGCCUGUUUUCCAUAUGAUCGCCCAUAGAGUCCUAAUCUCAUCUGCGAGCAGGCUCCCGACGGCGCUGCUGAUCGAGCAUAUCGCGGACUUGCCUCAAAUUCUACGAUAGUCGAAACAUAGUCGAAACACAGCCGAACACAGCCGACAAAUUUCGGUGCAUUUGCAAACGUUAUAGAGGCUAGGUGGCGUGCUUUUAGGGCGGUGUCAAAACCGCGUUGUCUAGUAAACAAUCACACAAGCGAGUAAGUCACGGUGUUUGAAAACCGCAUAACUUUUUUGAUAAAGCCAACAAAAAAACGGUAAAUCAGCAGGUAACUCCUAAUCAAAUAAGCAUUGUUUACGAAAAGUCUCGAGAUUCCAUUUCUUACCUUUUUUUCCUUUUUCAGUUAACAUGAGCGUAUCAAGGGGUUUUUCGCAUACUUGGCGUGACAGCGGUUGUUUCAAUUGUUUCCCCUUAGAAAUUUUGCGUGGAAAACUGUUGCAUUGUUGACCAAAAUUGAUUCCACUGCGCAGGGCCUACGUUUGACCACUGUGUUCGAGAGCUGAUUUGGUGCUGGAGAAGCCCGCGAGAUGCUCGUGAGUCUCGUGAAGCAGCACAAAUGAGAGCCACCCCGUUUGUUAGUCUAAAUCUUCUCGAAUAUUUGUAAGUAUGUAUGAAAAAUUGAGUAAACGGGAACGACACGAGCGAUCAAUUGUAAGCCUGCCCUAAGUCAAGAAGCUUAAACUGAAAAACUA